AUGCCCGCUGUCUCCGCUGCUGCUCCCUCCACCAUCCCCGACCCGGCGUCUCUCAAGGCUGCCGUCGCCCCCGCUGCCGGCCAGUUCGACGUCUCCGGACUCUUCGUUGCUGACAAGGCGACCCGCGAGGCUGCGGCUGCUCAGUUCGUCGCCCUCGUCCAAAAGGAAGGCCCUGCGGCCGUCCAAUCCGUCGGCUUUACCGAUGCCGUCGUCAAGGCCCUCGGUGACAAGAAGUCGCCCGCUGCUCGCGAGGGCGCCGCCAACGCCGUUGCGGCUGUCGCUGCAACGCCUGCGAUCCGUGCGCUCGAGCCUUACUUCAUUGACUCUGGUGUCUACGCGGCGCUCAUCGAGGCGUUCGCUGAUAAGAUGCCCGCUGUCCGCAACGCUGCCGUCGAGGCGGUGAAGGCGUAUGUUGCAGCGAGCAACCCCUGGGCGGCAGGCCUCGUCCUCCCCGCUCUUCUUCACGAAAUCAAGACCGCCGGCAAGUGGCAGGUCAAGACGGGCUCGCUCGUCGUACUCAACCAACUUGUCGCCUCUGCCCCCCUUCAGACCGCUAAGCUCACUCCCGAGAUCGUCCCUGUCCUUGCCGAGGCGAUUUGGGAUACCAAGGCGGACGUGAAGAAGGCGGCACGCGAUUCGCUCGAAAAGGUCACUGCUCUCGUCUCGAACAAGGACAUAGAACGCUUUAUUCCUGCCCUCAUCAAGGCUCUAAUCAACCCCGUUGAGGAGGUCCCCAACACUAUCACCCUUCUCUCGGCGACCACCUUCGUUUCAGAAGUAGACUCCCCCACCCUCUCCCUCAUGGUUCCCCUUUUGUCCCGCGGUCUCAACGAGAAGCUCACGGCCACCAAGCGUAAGGUUGCGGUCAUCAUCGACAACAUGGCCAAGCUCGUCGACUCGCCCGUGACCGUCCGCCCCUUCAUCCCCAAGCUUCUCCCCGGCCUCAUCAAGAUCGAGAGUGUCAUUGGUGACCCUGAGGCCCGCAGUGUUGUCGCUCGCGCCAUCGCUACCCUUCGUCAGGUUGGUGAGGUCCCCACUGGCGACGGUUCUGACCUCCCGCCCCUGAAGAAGGCGGAGGAGAAGACCCUCGCUCAUUCCCUCAUCAACCUCUACAAGAAGGCUGGCGCCAACCCUGUCCCCUCCGUUGCCGACGUUGCGACCAUCUACGCUUCUCAGCUCGCCACGAACAUGGUCAACCUGAAGAAUUUCGACGUCUCGGAGUGGCAGACCCUCAUUCCCUACCUUGCGUUCCUCACCACCUCGCCCGACCCGAACACCAUCGUCAAUGAGUGGGCCGUCAAGUCGGCCUCUGCCGAGGACGAGGACGAGGCGCAGGCUGAGGAUGAGGAGGAAGGCGAGGACCUGUGCAACUGCCAGUUCUCGCUCGCCUACGGUGCGAAGAUCCUGCUCAACACUGCAACCCUCCGUCUCAAGCGUGGCCACCGCUACGGUCUCUGCGGUCGCAACGGUACCGGGAAGUCCACCCUCAUGCGUGCGAUCACUAACGGGCAAGUUGAGGGCUUCCCAUCCCCCGACGAGGUCCGCACCUUCUAUGUGGAGCACGACAUCGACGGUUCCGAGGCCGAUACCUCUGUCCUCGACUUCAUUGUCUCGGACAAACGUAUCCAAGCGACUCGUGAGGAGAUCAUCGAGACCCUCGCGUCCGUCGGGUUCUCCGAUGAGCGCCAGAAGUCUGCGAUUGGCUCCCUUUCCGGUGGUUGGAAGAUGAAGCUUGCGCUUGCCCGCGCUAUGCUAUUCCGCGCGGACAUUCUCCUCCUCGAUGAGCCUACCAACCACUUGGACGUUGUCAAUGUUGCGUGGCUCGAGAACUACCUCACCAGCCUCACGACCUGCACGUCGAUCAUCGUCUCGCACGACUCCGGCUUCUUGAACAACGUCAUCACCGAUGUCCUCCAUCUCAACCGCUUCAAGCUUAAGCGCUACCGCGGUAACCUUGAGGCGUUCAUGAAGGCUGUCCCUGAGGCUCGUUCGUACUACACGCUUGAGGCCCAGGAGGACUACCAGUUCAAGCUGCCCGACCCCCCGCUUCUCGAGGGCGUCAAGACGAAGGAGAAGUCCCUCCUCAAGAUGCGCAAGGUCGGCUUCCAGUACCCUACGCAAGCCAACCAACAGCUCUACGACAUCACCCUCCAAGUUUCACUCUCCUCCCGUGUCGCCGUCCUCGGUCCCAACGGUUCAGGCAAAUCUACGCUCGUCAAGCUUCUCAUUGGCGACAUGGAGCCGAACAAGGGUGGUGAGAUCUGGAAGCACCCCAACUUGGUCAUCGGUUACGUUGCGCAGCACGCCUUCCACCACAUUGAUCAGCACCUCGACAAGACCCCACUUGAGUACAUGCUCUGGCGUUACCAGACUGGUGAGGAUCUCGAGGAGAUGAUGAAGGCGUCGCGUCAGAUCACCGAGGAGGAGGAGAAGAAGAUGAAGGACGGUUCAAUCGUCGUCGUCGAGGGCCAGAAGCGCAUAAUCGAGGAGAUUGUUGCUCGCAAGAAGCUCAAGCAGUCGUACGAGUACGAGGUCUCGUUCAAGAACAUGUCGUCGUCGGAGAACAUCUGGCUGCCCCGUGAUGACCUCAUCAAGCGCGGUUUCGAGAAGAAGGUGCUCGAGGUCGACACUCGUGAGGCGCAGCGUCUCGGUCUCCUCCGCCCCCUCGUUCGUCGCGAGAUUGAGAAGCACUUCGCUGACUUCGGUCUCGAGGCCGAGUUCGUCUCGCACAACUCGAUGCGCGGUCUCUCUGGCGGUCAGAAGGUGAAGGUCGUGCUCGGUGCUGCUACCUGGCGUCGUCCCCACGUCAUCUGCCUGGACGAGCCUACGAACUACCUCGACCGUGAGUCGCUCGCGGCUCUCAUCAAGGCCCUCAAGGAGUUUGAGGGUGGUGUCCUCGUCAUCACGCACAACCGUGACUUCUCCGAGUCGCUGUGCACGGAGGUCUGGGCCAUGCGGGACGGCCGUCUUGAGGCGUCUGGCCACAACUGGGUUGAGGGCCAGGGCUCCGGUCCCCGCAUCGACAAGAAGGACGGAGAGGAUGAGGACCAGUACGAUGCGAUGGGCAACAAGAUCGACACGAAGAAGACGAAGAAGCUGACGUCGGCUGAGGCGCGUAAGCUCAAGAAGGAGCGCAUGGCGCGGAAGAAGCGCGGCGAGGAGGUCACUGACGAUGAGCUCUGA